AUGGUGGAGAGAACAGAAUGAAACCUGGACAUAGAAAAUAUGUCUGUGAUCUCACACUGGACCUAAACACAGUAAACAGACACCUCUCUCUGUCUGAGGGGAACAGAAAGGUGACAUGUAGGAGAGAGGAGCAGCCGUAUCCUGAUCACCCUGAGAGAUUUGAGGUCUGUAGACAGGUGCUGUGUAGAGAGGGUCUGACUGGGUGCUGUUACUGGGAGGCAGAGUGGAGUGGGGGAGGGGCUGUUAUAGGAGUGACAUAUAAAGGAAUCAACAGGAGAGGAAGGGAUAAGGAAAGUUGUCUUGGAUGGAAUGACAAGUCCUGGAGUCUGUUCUGCUCUGACAACAGUUACUCUGCCUGGAACAAUAGUAAUCCCACUACCAUAGACGUCCCCUCCUCCAGCUCCCACAGAGUAGGAGUGUAUCUGGACUGGCCAGCCGGCACUCUGUCCUUCUAUAGAGCCUCCUCUGACACACUGACCCACCUGAUCACAUUCACCUCCACAUUCACUGAGCCCCUCUAUCCAGGGAUUUGGGUUUGGGAUGAAGGCGACUCAGUGUCCCUGAAAUAAUAACGCGACACGAUGGACACACACACACUAGACACACACACACUAGACACACACUAGACACACACACACUAGCCACACACACACUAGACACACACUAGACACACACACACACUAGACACACACACACUAGACACACACACACUAGACACACAC